GAUACCACAAAUCCAAUAAUAAUCCUGGAAUAUGCUAAUGUAUGCUCUUACAUCAUCACACACACUUCCAAAUUGGAACCUUCCAUGCCUCCAUUAUUUAUCCCCCUUUUCCACAUUACAAACCACAAACCAAAACCAUUGAUAAAUCUACAAUGGAACCGCCACAUUUCGUAAUGUUCCCCUUCAUGGCUCAAGGACACCUGAUUCCCGCCGUCGACAUCGCCAAGAUGCUGGCCAAGCGCGGCGUCACGGUCUCGAUUCUCGUGACACCGAAGAACGGGUGCAGAGUUAAGAAAGUGGUGGACCGUGCCAUCGCCUCCGGGCUGAGCAUCCGCGUGUUCCACCUCAGGCUUCCCUGCGCGGAGGCCGGGCUGCCCGAGGGCUGCGAGCAUUUUGACACGCUGCCGUCCAAGGACCACGUGCUGAACUUCUUCAAGGCCACCGCCAUGCUGCGGGACCAGGUCCAGGAUUUUAUCGCCCGAGUUAAUCCCACUUGCCUGAUAGCCGACAUGUGCUUUCCCUGGGCCACCGAUGUCGCCACACAGCUGGGAAUCCCACGCCUCGUCUUCCAUGGCACCAGCUGCUUCUCCCUCUCCUGUGUAAACUUGUUAGAAAACUCUUCGUUUUUCGAAGGUAUAGCUUCUGAUACAGAAUAUUUCGUGGUGCCUGGAUUGCCCCACCGGAUCGAGAUCACUAAAAUCCAGGCCAGGGGCUCUGUUCAGGAGCUCAAUCCGGAAUCGGUCGAGAUCCGGAAGCAGAUCUUCAACUCCGAGGAAGACGCGGCCGGAACGGUGGCCAACACCUUCCAGGAGCUGGAGAGUGAAUACAUCAACAAAUACGCUAAUAUCAAAUCCAAAAAGGUGUGGUGCAUUGGACCGGUUUCGCUCUGCAACGUGGAGGAGUCCGACAAGGCAGAGCGAGGAAACACGGCAGCAAUUGAAGGGCACGAGUGCUUGAAAUGGCUGGAUUCCCACGCGCCGGGAUCUGUUAUCUACGUCUGCCUCGGGAGCAUAUCGCGCGUGGGCGACGUGCAGCUCAUGGAGAUGGGACUAGGCCUGGAGGCCACCAACCGCCCCUUCGUGUGGGUGAUAAGGAAUGCCUCAGACGCGUUCGAGUCGUGGCUGUCGGAGGAGAAAUUCGAGGAGCGGGUGGGAGGGAGGGGGCUUUUGAUCCGGGGGUGGGCGCCACAGGUGCUGAUACUGUCGCACCGGGCAACAGGGGGGUUCGUGACGCACUGUGGGUGGAACUCGACUCUGGAGGGGGUGAGCUCGGGGGUGGGGAUGAUCACGUGGCCUGUGUUCGCGGAGCAGUUCUGCAACGAGAAGUUCAUCGUGGGCGUGAUCAAGACGGGGGUGAGAGUUGGGGUGGAGGUGCCUGUGCAGUUGGGAAUGGACGAGAGUGGUGAAGUGCAGGUGAAGAGGGAUGAUGUGAAGAGAGCGAUUGAUGAGUUGAUGGAUGGAGGAGUGGAGGGGGCGGAGAGGAGAGAGAGGGCUCGGAGGCUCGGAGAGGCAGCGAAGAGAGCGGUGGAGGAAGGAGGGUCGUCUCAGGUUAGCAUGACGGAGCUUAUGCAAGAUAUGGUGCGGCUCAAGGCCAGCUACUCCGAUAAAUCUCUGGAUGCUACUAAAUUAGAUGAAAUUUCUUCUCUAAUUUCUACUCCAGUUAACUAGAACAAAAUUUGUGUUGCUCAUUCAAAUUUCUUUUUCUUUUUCUUUUGGGAAUUCCCUAGUUUCUUUGUUUUACAUGUUGCAAUAAUAUCACUGUCGUUUUAUCUGUUCUAGACAAAAAAAAACAUUGCAUGCU